AGACAAGGAAAUAACGAACAGAGAAGGAAGAGACUUCAGGCCACCCUGUCGCCGGCCAAGAAGAGAGGCGAACAGACUCUUCUUUCAGAAUGAGAAAAUCUCAAAUCAAUUCUCCAAAGGGACCUGCUGAAUACCCGCCGCUACAUCUCCCCAAACUUAUUAAAUGAAGAAGGGUCUUCCUGAAUUUAAUCCUUACCUGACAUGUAGAAGAAUCUGAAGCCCAGAUGUUUGCAGAGCUACAGAUGCUGACCCCAUUGGUGGCGACACGAGAAGUGUAUUUUGUGAGGCAGUGCAAGCAGUUAAGCACAGAUGAGUGGGCAAUUGUGGACAUCUCGAUGGAGGGAGUCGAAGACGAUAUUGAUGCCUCCCUUAUUAAAUGCAGAAAGCGUCCCUCCGGAUGCAUUCUUCAUGAUAUGUCUAAUGGUCAUUGCAAGGUGACUUGGGUGGAGCACAUAGAAGUUCAACAGAGCCCACCUCACUCUCUAUUUCACACCAUUUUAAACAGUUGUUCUGCCUUUGGCGCCCAACAUUGGAUGGCAACAAUGGAGCAACAAUGUGAGCGUCUUGCAUUCUUCAUGGCGACAAAUGUUCCCACUAAAGAUUCAUCUGGUGUUUCCACACUUGCAGGGAGAAGAAGCAUACUCACGUUGGCCCAGAGGAUGACUUCGUCAUUUUGCCGAGCACUUGGAGCUUCAAGCUACAACACAUGGAAUAGAAUCCCUACCAAAAGCGGAGAUGACAUCAGGGUGUCUUCAAGAAAGAACAUAAGUGAUCCUGGGGAACCACUCGGUGUCAUCUUGUGUGCGGCUUCAUCUAUCUGGUUGCCUGUCUCUCACCAUCCUUUAUUUGAGUUCCUUAGAGAUGAGACUCGUAGACAUGAGUGGGAUAUCAUUUCAAAUAGAGGACCAAUGGAAUCGAUUGCAAACCUUGCCAAGGGGCAGCAUCGCGGAAAUGCAGUCACUGUUCUCGCUACAAAAUCAAAAGAAAACAACAUGUGGAUCCUCCAAGAUACAUGCACGAAUGUGUGUGAAUCGAUCAUCGUCUUUGCUCCAAUAGACAUUUCCAGUAUGCAGUCUGUAAUGACAGGUUGUGACUCGAGUAACACCGCAGUCUUAGCUUCUGGUUUCUCAAUUCUUCCUGAUGGCAUGGAAUCAAGGGCAUUUGUCAUCACUUCUAAACAAGACAAAAAGAAUGCCGAAGAAGGGUCCUUGCUGACAAUUGCAUUUCAAAUCUUAACGAACAACUCCCCGACUUCAAAGCUUUCCAUGGAGACUGUGGAAUCUGUCAACACCCUCGUCUCAUGUACCUUGCAAAGAAUCAAAAAAAUUUUGCAAUGCGAAGAUGGAUGAUAUAUGUAUCAAUGUAUGUGUAUCACGAACACUACAAGCAAGGAGGCCUAUUUUAAUUCUUAACUCACUUUGUAACGAAGUAUUACGAAACUUCAUUUCUGUUGGAUAUAGGCCAUGCUUAACUAUAUCUCAAGAUUGUAAUAUUUGUAACCAUCAAUACAACUAGAACAAAUUAUUACUCAGUACAAUUACAUCGAUAGAGAUGCAUGUAUAUAACUAGAUGGUUGUAAAAUAAUUAUUGGCCUUUUGCCAACAAGGUCUCAAUUAAUUCUUUAGCUUUGA